AUGUCGCGCCGCCUUUCCGUCAUUCAUCUUACUAGGACGUUGAGCGGAGAAAAGACGGAGAAUGCAGAGGAUCCCGCGCGCUCGGCGUUGUUCGACAGCGCCCACACCGCAGCCCUCUCAUCCACUUCUUUGUCUGCUUCGCAACAGAAGAUCGAUAGGAUCGGUGUGGAGUCCUUCUCCAUCCAGAAACUUGAUCUUACUCUCUCUAUAGAGGACAAACUGUCGGUCCCGAUCAAUCAGACAAAGGACACGUAUGCCACUCUCCAGACGUUCUGCACUGCAAAUGCCGCGGUCCUCAACACCGCGUCCAGUGCGCUGGCAGCCGCAGCGAACAUAGAUGUGAAAUCCAUCGAGGCAACGAUAUCCCGUUUCGCAGAGACGUCAGCAGUAGUCAUGAAGGGUCUGGACGUGCUCAUGGCGGUCCAUCCUUUCGUCGGGGUCGCCGUCAUUGCGUUCAAGUCUAUCAUUUCGCUCGAUAUCACGCGGCGGCAGAAUGACAAGAAGGUGCUUGCGGUGAAGCUCCAGAUGCAGGACCUCAUGACGGUGCUCUUCCAACUCGGUUCCUUCCGCGAUCCAGAGGAUAAGGCUUCUAAUGGGACGACACUGAAAGACCGCAUGUCAGAACUCAUGAAGACAGUCGCGGCCGACAUCACCAGCUGCGGUAGCGCCUGCGACGUCUAUCUCAAAAAGAGCUUUCUUGGCGAGUACCCCAACACCUUAACUACUUGCACUGAUACACUCUUCACAGCCAAAACAAUCAAGUCCAAGAUCUACGAGGCCAGACUGGCGUCCUAUGUCGCGAACUUCACAGACCACAAGAAAUCGAUCGCCUUCGCGCUGACGAUGCACACAUCGCGCUCUGUCGACACCGCGAACCGAAAGCUCGACGACCAGACGGCGCAGCUGGAUUCCAUCGAGGUGAAAAUGGAAGCGCUGUUUCGCAAACUCGACACGCCGCGCGAGCGGGAAGUGCAGAAGUUCCUGGACGACAACGGUGGCGCGCGGGCCUGCAUCAGCGAUGAGGCCGCACUGGCAGAGCUUAUGGAAAAGAGCGGGGACACGACCCUGGCGUCCGACACGUCUGCUCAGAUCGCCGCGACAAAGACGCUUCUCUUAAGGGAACUGUCUGAGGAUGUCGAUGAGGCGUUUCGCAAGAACGCGCUGCUGUUUGACGGCAAGAUGGAAAUACAGAGCCAAGAGCUGAAAACUGCAAUGAAAGACGGCGAGGAAAGGCUUCGCCAGGCUAUCAAAGAAGGGUUGCAUGAACGAAUUAUGGAUGAGGAUCUUCAAACGCUCUGGAAAGACCAAGGCUGGAAAGGCAGUGUUAAAGCGCGUUACUUCGUGCUCGCGCUCAACGACUAUUAUUCCGAACUCUUCAGUAAGCAUAUCCCAGAAAGCAAAAACUCCUCUGCUCCUCCAUCGCCUGAGGUUACCACGAUCAAUUUGAUCGCGGAACUCCCCAGUGUGCCUAAAUACGAGGACGAUGACCGCUGGGCGCUUAAGUAUAUCACUGUGGCUAACAUCCAGUUUAAGCCCAUCCUCGAGACAGUGGAUGACGAUGGAACUGGCUUUGUCACCAUCAAAGAGACGAAUGAAUUUAUAAAAUCUGGGCAGAAGGAACAGUGCAGGCAUGUGAUGUGCAUCAAAAAUUUCCCCAACAUUUACAAAGAAUCAUCCAGUUUACUCUCAUGGACAGCCUACUGGGCUGCUGGCUGGCACACCUCCGUAACCUGGCACAAAAACCGGAUCUAUUCGCUGCUCAAGGCAAUGCUCCGUCUCCCAACGAACGCGCACAAACCCAUCUUGCGUGAAAACAUACAAGCCGUGGAUGAGUAUCUUGGUUCGCGUCCCUUUCGACGGAUCGAGCUGCUUUUGCGGUCGACUCGGUCUGCCGGCCCAGAAUGGGAUGAGGAUCUUGCGAAGGUCAGGGAGAAGAUCGAGGGCCAUGAAAACAAACGGAUUCAAGACCGAUUGACCAAACUGCGCUACGAGUUGGAUUAUGAGGGUCUAAGACUCAUCACUGGGAAUAAGCGUAUCGAGAGGUUCAUCUAUCCUCUGCUCAAUGCGCUUCUCAAGCGGCACUUUGACAUUCUGCGGCUCGCGUGUAUGCAUGUCCUGGAUGAUGGUGAAUUCGAUACGAUGACGGGUUCGUUGGGAGUGAUCUUCGAAGCAGUCGACGAGAGAAUGGCCAACUUGGAAGCCGUUUUCAAAUCUAAUUCUUCGAAUGUCAAUGAGCGAUUUGAUAGAUUCGCAUUCGGCAUGUUCCAAGCCGACUACAUCAGCGACAAAAAGUAUUCCGAUGUCGCCAAAAAUACCAUUGCCGCUACUUCCCGUGAUGAGGGAUACGAAUUCGACGCCGAUUGGGAGGAUACCGGUCCCAGAGGCCAUUCGUUCGAUGCUUUCAACGCAUUGAACGACAAGCGCAAGGCCAUACUCAUAUAUCCCACCGUCAAUGAUGCCAACGAUGUGUAUAACGAUGACGUCCACCCCAAAGACCCCGACCCUGAAGUGGACUCGCUUGAGGAACGCUCCGACGAGCGCCGACGUUUCAGCGAGCUGAUGAUAAAGGUCAUGGCGAACCAUCGGCACCUGGCGCCGCCCUGGGUACCUCUGUCGGAAGACGAGCUGAACGAGUUGUACAAUCUACACACGGUGCUGGGAGCGACCACUCAGUCUCUCUACGACGCCGUCGAGCUGGAUCUCAGAAAAGUCGUCAAGCAAGAGCGGGACUGCGACAUGUGCCACAAAUCAAUCACGGGCCCGCUUCUGUUCUGCGUGCAGUGCAUAGACAAUAGGUUCAAUGAUGGCGCUGACUUUUGCGAGGCGCACAUGGACCAGUCUGCGGAAUGGAAGGGCGUCAGCCACGUGCCCUCGCACGUCUCUGUCAAGACGCUCUCUCGGAUCCACCAUGGCGACAAGGCGUGGAUCGUGCCUGAAGCCAGGACCGUCGCCGCGCGGAUCAAAAAGCAGUUUAAGGGCCUGGACGCUCCGGAGAGCGCGAAGACGAUGGCCGAGACCGGUUACGCGUUUAAGGAUGCUGUGACGGAAAAGAAAAGGCCAAAAUGCGUGUGCUGCGCCAAGGAGGUGUCCCUUCCAGUGUGGGUCUGCGUCAUGUGCGUCCAGGACAUUUUCGUCUGCGUCGAGUGCGACAAGGCCAAACGGCCCAUCCCAACGGACUCGAUCCCGAACUAUCAGGACUUGGUGGAGUCAGGAGAGGAGCCAGGUCAUACUUUGUCGCAUCCGCUCGUGUACGUGCACGACACAGAGCCUAUCCCACAAUUGGCCAAACUUGAAAGCAUGACGAACGAGGAGCGCAGCAUUGCAGAGCUGGAUAAGAAAAUGACCACGAUGGAGCAACGAAUGACGGUGAUCGAGGAGAAAUUGGAUAGCAUCAUCAAGGCGUUGCGUAAGGACAGUCUUUCUAGCGAUGCUUGA